AUGAAAUUCAAUCUUCUUUUCACUAUAUCAACGGCCCUUGCUGGGUUUCCAGCCGGCAUAUUGGCGAACAAUCCCGACUCAAACGAUUCCGACUGCCACAUAUGGAUCAAGGAUAACUCCGAUAUUGUAGUUGGGUAUAGCAAAGCCGUGACGGGCCAGACAGCCGUCGUCGAAAUCAGCCAAGGCCCUCACAAGAAGGAACAAUUCAAGUUCGCAACCGCAGCGGAUCAAACUAAUAAGAAAGAUUGCACCGCUGGAUUGGCCGGCGAGCGUAGUUUCCCUGCCGGUUGGAGGAUCAAGACUUUCAAGACAGAGCCAUGGGUGACAUUGACGCGCAACUACCAGCCCAUAGCGUUCAAGGGCUACAAUCGAGAUCCCCAAACACAGUCUGGGUCGCUCAAGUUCUUUGAGAUUCCGUAUGGAGAAAUGAAAUCUGGCAAAGAUUGCAACGUCGCACAGACGGAAAAGGCGUCGAGUGUAAAACAACCAGCGAUACAAGAGCGAGAUGAGCAACAAAUUUAG